UUCAGUUGAAUUCGGAAUCUCGUGAAGUACGGAUAAAAUUGUGUGAUCUGUGUGAAUAGCGCGAUACCUCGCUUACGAGUAUAAUUUCCGGGUAGUGUUGUGAAAAAAAUAAAAUAAUUAUAAAAGCUGAGUGCAAUUUCGUGUUCGUUAAAGUCGCUUAUUAACAGAAAUGGCUUCUUUGAAAAAGUCCAUCGACUUUAACGACGACGUCGAUCUAGAUGAUGAUGAUUCUUGCUCCGAUUUUGAUGACGAUGAAGAUCCAGAUAAAAUAGAAGUACCAGGCGGUGGUCGUGAUCUACAAACGGCAGUUAUUUACGCUAAAAACAGCGUACACAAAGGAAACAGUAUCGGCAGCAACAACAACAAUAAUAUUAGCAAUAAUAAUAAUUCAUUAUUAACAUCUAAUCAAACGCGUACAAACCGCAUUACCACUACAGCAACAACAAAAACAACAACGGGCGGCAUUUCAGUGUUAAACAACAACAAUAUGCCGAAGAAGAGUGCUGCAGCACCGGCAGUGAGCAUGGGCCUUGGCUUCGAUUCAGCGCCGUCCACCGCAGCCAGUAUGGCAUCCAACGCUAUGAGUGGCGCCGUUGCUGGCCCACCUGGCGCAGCGGCGACGCCACCAGCAAAAACGAAUGCACUGAUCAUGCAAAAGAUCCAAGCUUUGGUCGCGGCAAAUCCUUCCUUUCUCACCAGCGGCAUACCAAAUCAUCUGCUAUCGCAGCUCUUCAUGCAGCCAAUGAAGAUGGCGCCGGCGACCGUCACCGCCGCGCCACCUGAGGAAGAGGAAGUCGAUUAUGAGGAAAUGGGCGUAGCCGAGACUUAUGCCGAAUAUUGGCCAGCCAAAUUGAAACUUGGUAAAAAGCAUCCCGAUCCAGUGGUGGAAACUGCCUCACUAUCUUCCGUCGAGCCCUGUGAUGUUUAUUUUAAACUCUCCAUUCCACCAGAGACCAUUAACAAUGGCUAUUUGAGCGCCUUGCAACUGGAAUCAAUUACAUACGCUUCGCAGGCGCACGAUCAUAUGUUGCAAGAUGGCACACGCGCAGGCUUUCUAAUUGGCGAUGGCGCUGGUGUUGGCAAAGGUCGUACCAUUGCUGGUAUAAUUUACGAGAACUAUUUGAAGGGUCGCAAGAAGGCGCUCUGGAUUUCCGUAUCCAAUGACUUAAAAUAUGAUGCCGAACGGGAUUUGUCGGAUAUCGGCGCGAGCAAAAUCGAAGUGCACGCGCUGAAUAAAUUCAAGUAUGCCAAGAUCUCGUCGGAUGUGAAUAAUAACUGCAAGCGUGGCGUUAUCUUUAGCACUUAUUCCGCGCUCAUUGGCGAAUCUAACAAUAAGACUGGCAAAUAUAAAUCACGCUUAAAGCAGCUGCUGCAAUGGUGUGGCGAAGACUUUGAUGGCCUCAUAAUUUUUGAUGAGUGUCACAAGGCUAAGAAUUUGUGUCCCGUUGGUUCGGGCAAACCCACCAAAACUGGCCAAACGGUUUUGGAGCUACAAAAUAAAUUGCCAAAGGCGCGCGUCGUCUAUGCUUCGGCUACAGGAGCUUCGGAGCCCAAGAAUAUGGCGUAUAUGGUGCGCUUGGGCUUGUGGGGUCAGGGCACGGCAUUCCCGAACUUUAAUGAUUUCAUUAUGGCGGUUGAGAAGCGGGGCGUUGGUGCUAUGGAAAUUGUUGCUAUGGAUAUGAAGCUGCGAGGCAUGUACAUAGCCCGCCAACUUAGUUUCCACGGUGUGACAUUCAAAAUUGAGGAGGUGGCAUUGUCCAAAGAGUUCCGCAAGGUCUACGAUCAAUCGGUUGAGUUGUGGGUCGAAGCCAUGCAGAAAUUCACCGAAGCCGCCGAACUGAUUGACGCUGAGAGCCGCAUGAAGAAGACGAUGUGGGGCCAGUUUUGGUCUUCACAUCAACGUUUCUUCAAAUAUCUCUGCAUCGCGGCGAAGGUGAAUCAUGCGGUGCAGGUGGCGCGCGAAGCCAUUAAAUAUGGCAAAUGCGUUGUCAUUGGUCUGCAAUCGACGGGCGAAGCGCGCACGCUCGAGCAACUGGAGAGAGAUGAUGGAGAACUGACUGAUUUCGUGUCUACGGCAAAGGGCGUUUUUCAAUCAUUGGUGGAGAAGCACUUUCCCGCACCCGAUCGUAAUCGAAUCAAUCGCAUACUCGGUCUAGGUAGUUAUUCCGAAAGAAAAAAAUCACCACUGCAAAGCAUACUUGAAGAGGUAACUGCCAAACGCGAGGCCAGCAUCAAAGACGAACCCUGCUCCUCAUCAUCCAGCACAGCGGGCAGUAAGCGUAAGCUAUCGCGCCAAGAGUCACGUACAAAGAAAUCGCGCAAAAAUUCCUGGAAUGAUUCAGACGAUGAUUCCCAGAAUGAAUCAGAAGACAGUGAUUACAAAAGAUCCAAUUCCGAGUCUGAAGAAUCAGAUGCAGCCGCACAUUCGGACAGCUGCGAAUCCUCCGAUUUCAAUCCAUUCUUUAGCGGUUCGGAUAGUGAUAAUGACCCCUGGGUGGCGCGAUCGAAGAAAAAGGCCAAGAAGAAGGUAAAACCGAAAGAGUCAACUACCAGCAACAACAGUGUAAACACAGGUGUAGCUGGCGCCGUCAAUGCAGCAGGCAAUGGUGCUAUUACGACUUCCAAUGUGGUAGCGCCUAAACGCAAAGGUCCGGUAAGCACACAGGACCGCAUUCAAAAUUUGCUGCAGAAGAAGCAAGAAUUGAAAGGCACCGUUACGCAAGUAGGUGUCAAUGGCAUUAAGCUCAACUAUGGUCCACCGCCCAAAGACGCUAUUGAGCGCGCUUGCAGCAUGAAGGAGGAGUUGUUGCGUAAAAUUGAACGCCUUGGCGAUCGCCUCCCACCGAACACACUCGACCAGCUGAUCGAUGAGCUAGGCGGCCCCGAUAAUGUCGCAGAGAUGACAGGCCGCAAGGGAAGAGUAGUGCAGUCAGACGAUGGUUCCAUACAGUAUGAGUCGCGCUCCGAACAAGAUGUACCGCUGGAGACACUCAACAUCACCGAAAAGCAGCGCUUUAUGGCCGGUGAAAAAGAUGUCGCCAUCAUAUCGGAAGCGGCGUCCAGCGGUAUUUCUCUGCAGAGCGAUCGCCGCGUACGCAAUCAACGACGACGCGUACACAUCACGCUGGAACUACCCUGGUCCGCCGAUCGCGCUAUACAGCAGUUCGGUCGCACGCAUCGCUCCAAUCAAGUGAAUGCACCCGAGUACAUAUUCCUCAUUUCCGAUUUGGCAGGUGAGCGUCGUUUCGCCUCGACUGUGGCGAAGCGUUUGGAAUCGCUUGGCGCGCUAACACAUGGCGAUCGUAGGGCCACCGAGACCCGCGACUUAUCACAAUUCAAUAUCGAUAACAAAUACGGACGCACGGCCCUAGAGACCGUAAUGAAAACGAUUAUGGGUUAUGAAUCGCCGCUGGUGCCACCACCCGUCGACUACAAGGGCGAUUUCUUCAAGGACAUCGCUGGCGCGCUAGUGGGCGUGGGCAUUAUAGUGAAUAGUGAAACAAAUCCGGGCGUUUUGAGUUUAGACAAGGAGUACAACAAUAUUUCGAAAUUCUUGAAUCGCAUACUCGGCAUGCCAGUGGAGCUGCAGAACAGAUUAUUUAAGUACUUCACCGACACGCUCACGGCCAUAAUAAAUCAGGCGAAACGCGGUGGUCGCUUUGAUUUGGGCAUCUUAGAUUUGGGUGCUGCCGGUGAGAAUGUAACGCGCAUUAAACUUGUCCGCUUCAUACGUAAACACGCCACCGGCAAAGCACCAGCCGAGCUGCAUACGGUGCGGGUUGAACGCGGCAUGAUCUGGCAAGAAGCAAUUGACAAAUAUGCUGAUUUGAUCAGCGAGUAUGAGGGCUUCUAUGUGUCGCAUCAGGUGCGCAACGGUAAACGCACUGCUGUUUUGGCUGUUGAAAUUGAAGCGCCACAAACGCAACAGCAAUCCAACAGCAAGAAAAAGGAGAAGGGGAUGAGCAAGAAAGAUAUGAUGUUCCAGAUAUAUCGUCCCAACACUGGGCUGCAAGUGCGCCACGAAUCGUUGACGGAGCUGGAGAAGAAGUACAAGAAGGUGCCCAGCGAGGAGGCAGAACCGCACUGGACGCAGCAAUACGAUGCAUCGGUGAACACAUGUUCGCACGCCUACUGGAAUGGCAAUUGUCGCAACGUCAACUUAGGCAAUGAGUGUGAGGUUGGCCUGCGUCAGCGUCUGUAUUAUGUGCUAGCCGGGUCGGUGCUUUCUGUUUGGACACGCGUCGAGCAGGUGUUAGCCAUGCGCAAUGCCAACAACAAAAUGCAAGUAAUACGAAUGAAAACCACCGAAGGUGAGAAAAUUGUCGGUACACUUAUACCGAAAUCGUGUCACGAGCUGCUGCUGCAAGAUCUCAAAUCCGAUGCAGAGCGAAUUGAGGAAAUCAAAUUCUAAGUUGUAGUGAACGAAAUAUUAACAAAGACAUAUACGUGGAGGCAAAAUCAUAAAGAUAUCAGAAAAAGAAGUGGAAAAGAAGAGAAAACCCACAAACACGGCCAAUCCAAUGAAGCGCAAAAGGCUUAAGUCAUUUAUCAAAGUAUAAAAAAGGAAAUAAUAAGCUUUUUUCCAAUUUAUGUUUUCUAUUUAUGUUUCCUGAGCCAUUUAGUGCGUAGUGAAUAGAAUGUAAUUUUUAGUUAUAAUGCGGCGUCAGCGCAACUGCAGCAAAACCACUUAGUGAUGGGCGUCACAUGGCAUUACUUCUACAUUGUAAAUGUUAUUAUAAAUUAAAGAAAAACAUGCCUACGUACAAAUGUAGGCAAAGCAAAUAGAAAACAAACAAAAAAUAAGUAAAGAAAAAUUGCAAAUCGGAUAAAACCUACUGCAUCCAGUGCAUAUCCAGCCAUGUGCGUGCAAAAAUGUUCGUCUCUACGAUCCUGUUUGCAAUGCAUACUUAUUAUUAUAUAUAAAAUAGUGCGAGUAUAUGUAAAUGUGUAUUUCCGCGUGCGCCGUGGCCCUUGCGAAGGGUAUGCAGGCGCAUCUACUUAGCCUUUAGUAUCGUAUUUAAAUAGAUGCCUAACGUAACUUUUAUUAUUACUAUUAUUAUUAUAAAAACUCCUUAUGUUUAACGCAAAUUCACUUCGUGGAAGCAGUGAAUUUGCAAAAGCCAAGUUUUUUGCAAAGAAAAAUGAUUCUAUCAUUCAUACAAAUGAAAACGCUUAUCAAUGGACUUUUUUUUGUUGUAAUAUGUAUUUAAUUUUAAACUAUAAACAUUACAAUUACAAACUACAAUUUAAUAUAUAAUACAUACCUACAUAUAUCAGAAAUUAUUGCUUAUAAACAAUAAUAAAACAAACUAUAAACAAAUAAAUGCAAAUAUUAAUAUGAGAACCAA